AUGGGCGUGCACAUGUGUUCCUUACCUAACAUUCUUCAUCAUCAACAACAACAACAACAACAACAACAACAACAACAACAACAACAACAACAACAACAACAACAACAACAACAACAACAACAACCUGUUCUGCGUCGCCCCCUCCGCCUGUCAAAGAUGACAGUUCGGACCGGUCGUCACAGCAACCAGUGGGAAACGCGCAUCCCGCUCACAGGACGCGACAUGCUGGUGCGGUGCAGUGGAACGGCAAUGACGACAACAACGAUGACACCCGUUGGAUAUGAGCGCAUCGCAGAUCAGAUUUUUGACUUCUUCUUUGAAUACGUGUAUUAUCUGAAGCACAAGGAGCGCGUGCUGCGGCACCACGGGCGCCAUCCGAUGGUGAUGAAGGCGGCGCUCGUCAGCCACCACACGGCAAGCGUGUAUGCCCUCCUCCGCGCAAACCCAAGCAUUUCCUUUAUGCACAGAACAAUCUCCCAGUCAGAUACCCCGACCAGCGAGGCGCACAUGCUGGUUGCGAGCCACCAGUCGACGACACCUGAGAAGUUCAGCCGUGCAGCGUCGACAGCAUACGCAACGACUGUGAACGGCUGGGAUGGUGAUGAUGGUGAUGAUGAUGAUGAUGAUGAUGAUGAUGAUGAUGAUGAUGAUGAUGAUGAAGAGUUGGUUGAAGCGUUUGCAUCGCAGGAUGAAAGCAUUGACCCAAAGAACGCGUACUUUCGACCCACCGGCAAAUCUUCGCAGUGGCGCUGGUUGAGAGUGGCCGUUCCAAUCAUGGUGCUGUUUGCCGUCGCCUUCAUCGCUGUCCCCGUUUUCAUCAACCUCAUCCUGUUUGACGAAAUCACAAGGGAGAAGAGCGACAAGUGCGGGUUCCUGGAGUCGCUCAUCUGCGUGCCCAUGAUUGGCAUUGUUGCGCUGACGGUGCUGGUGAUGGCUGUCGACGCGUUUGCGGUGUACAAACGCACCCUCCACCGGUUCAGUGGCAGCUUUGCGCGCGUGUUCGUCUGGGGUGCACUCGCUGUGACGCCAACCGCAUAUGGCUUUUACUCUCUCGGCAUCUCCAUGCCCCACUGCUCCGAGUAUUCCCCUGGUCACUGCAUUCUCCUGAUGUCGCAUGUCAGCGUGUACCUCGUGCGCACGAUUGUGCUCGCGUGGUUCGCUGCCUUCGCUGCAUUCGCGCCACGUUCGCCUCCGCCGCCCUGGACCAUCGCUCACACUCACACCGCCCUCGCCCUGAUCACGUUGGCGUCAAUGGUUGAGUUUUCAAUGUACAUCCUCGCAUUCGUCUCCCUGGACCACGGGCCAUGGCACAAACGUGCGUGGGAGUUUGGGCUGAUUCCGCUGUGGAUUGUGGAUGUGUUCUGCAUCACCGUGCCGCUGCUCGUCAAAGCAUACAAUCUGGAUUGGCGGAGACAUUUUCCGCCGUCGUCAGAUCCUGAACGCCAGUCUCUUCUCCACACGGACUCAAACCGCAGGUAUGGCCAGUACAGCAUCAACACGCCCCCGCAAGACAGUGACGAGAAUGAAGAAGAUCAAGACAACAACGACAGCGCAACACCCCCGUUUCGCGAUGAGACGUUUUGCGCGCAGCUUUGGCAGGAUUGGCUUGAGCCCAUCUUGCUUUGGCCAUGCCACUCUUGUCUUCAGCUUCAUCGUCGCGUCAGGGACCACGUGCAAGAUGCGCUGUGGGCGAUGAAUGUGCGCAUUUCAACCGUUUCUGUUCCGACCGUUUCACACGAGGACAUUUCGCUCCAUGAGAGGAUUGCGAGUUUUUCAAACUAUUCUGCAUUUCACGGCUCCUACUUCAACCAAUCCGUCAUUGUUGAGUACUUUGAGACGAAUCGUGUGCCGACGGUGGACGCCGGGCCGCGCAUCACACACCCGGAGGAGGUCGAGCACGUCCUCUCGCUCCUCAACCACCCAAACCUCAUCGCUUUCAUCGGAUCAGGCGUUCGCCGCCAGCAAAAGUUCUUCGUCGUUGAACGACCGGACCGCGGUUCGCUGCGUGACGUCAUCGCAACUCAUGAGCACGACCUUCCAAAGUCGCGUCGUGUGGCCAUGGCGCUCGACGCCGCUUCAGGCCUCAACUUCCUCCAUGUGCACAAUCCGCCAAUUGUGCACCGCAACAUCACACCAGAGAGCCUGAUGGUGACAAACGGCUGGACAGUCAAGAUUGGAAACUUCAAGAGCAGCCGCUUCCUCCUUGACGACAUUCCCGUUCGCUCGCGUGAUAUUUUCCCGGCGACGUCGCCCGCCCGUCCGCCCACGCCGCGUGUUGGGUCACGAGGGUUCACAGCGCCAGAGAUCACGGACGGCGCAGACACGGGAUACACGCGCAAGGCGGACGUGUUCUCGUUUGGUGUCACCCUAUGGUGUCUGUGGACACGCAAACCCGAAGCAUACGAAGGGCGGCAGCUGGAUGUUGAGCAGUCGAUUGUGACGGGCCGCCGCCCACAUGUGUCUGCGUCGUGGCCGAGCGAAAUCGCCGCUGUCAUGCGCGAGUGUUGGAUGGGACCGCCAGAGCAGAGGCCGCACAUCGCCGAGAUUGUCCCGCGGCUGUCGCGCCUUCUUCGUGUGUAUGACCUGACGGCGAGCGAUUCCUCCCAGUCCGCCCACCGCAGGCUGCUCUCCUCCCGCAGAUCGACGCCGGCCAGCUCAACCCCCAUGUCCACGUCCAUCUCUCCAAUUCACUCUACCCGCAGCAAUGCAUCACGCUAGCUAGGAUGCCAGGCAAUAGGAAUACCAAUGCAUGGCUGCUAACCAUCCCUUGUUUCCUCCCCCUGAUCAACAACGCUUGUCCUUUCAGACUGCAUAUCUCUCCUCUGCUCUAUGUUGUGUGUGUGUGUGUGUGUGUGUGUGUGUGUGUGUGUGUGUGUGUGU